GAUAUACGUAUAUGCACACGCCCUCUUCGCAAGAUCACUCCCUAAGCACUGCUCCCAGCAGCAGGCACUCGGCGGAAGACGAGGGGCGGGAAGAAGGGAGAAAGGAGAGAACGGGAAAAUUGGCGCGGGGGGUGGGAAAUAGAGGUCUGAAUACGAGUGACAAACAGAGGGUCAUGGGAGGCAGACGCCGGUUCGGGGUCCGCAAGGCCUGGCGACGACGGGGUUCGGCCGUGGCGAGUGGCGCUGCGACCAAGCUAGCCGAGCUGGUGCUGGUUUGGUCCGUAUCGAAGCCCGAGCGGGCUCUGUCGAUUGCUAGAACCUGCGUCUCUCUGCUGGAGAAGGAGGAUGCGCAUUCGGCUUCGGGGUCUUCACCUCUUCCUUUGCCGUCAACUGCGCCUGGGCCCGGUCGUAGCUCGUGCUUGAACGCCAUCGUCGUGGCUUUGAGCGAGACGUGCGACGGGAAGAGUUGGUACACGUCGACCAAGGAGCUGCAGCUGGCGUCCUUGGGGUUCUGCACGGCGUGCAGAAACCACCAGACCGUUCACUUGAAAGUCGACGAACACAUCCCACGCCGGCUGCUGGCCGCUGCAGAUGCCCCACCCCCCGCAUCCGAAGCGGCUGUGUCGGACACGCGUGCCCCGACUCACAGCGCGUCGUGUGACGUGGAACAUGCCGACAGCAGCGGCAUUGAGGAACCUUGUACUGUAUUCGCGAUGACGGACGUGGACCACCUGGAGUUCGGCUGGGACUUCGAAGGCAACCUUGAGGCUGUGGCAUGGCCGCGAUGGCUGAAAACGAUCGAUUUACACCCCUGGUCGAAUUUCGGCAAGCCUAUUGACCUGAUAGAAUGGCCAGAUUCGCUGCAGACGCUUGAAUUCGGUUGGGAGUUUUACCAACCGAUCUACCGCGUCAACGUUCCUGCAUCGCUGCAGCAGCUCAUAUGUUAGGGCGAUUCACUGUUCAACCAACCGAUUGCCGGAGCCAUUCUGCCGUCUACGCUACGGCUGCUUAGGUUGGGGGGAAGCUUCAACCAUCCGAUCGAGGCGGUCGUGUGGCCCCGCCAUCCCUGCAGGAGCUCAUCUUCGACAUCCAUUCGUUUUUCAACCAUCCUGUGGAAGAUGUCGCGUGGCCGCCGUCUUUGCAGUAGCUCAAUUUCGGACAAACCUUCAAUAAGCCGAUCGCACGGGCCAAGUUCCCGACAUCGCUGCAGCAACUUUCCUUUGGGUGGUACUUCAACCAGCCCAUCGAGGGCGUUUUGUGGCCAGAUUCGCUUCAGAGGCUCGUUUUCGGAACAGAUUUUUACCAGCCAGUUGACGACGUGACGUGGCCGUCGUCAUUGCAAGAGCUUGCCUUUGAUUUUAUCGAUUUGUCGAACGAUGGCUUUCCCGUGUACUCGAGCUUCAACGAUCGUAUCGACAGGAGUGCUUGGCCUGAAUCGCUGCGGCGACUUAUGCUAGGCUACAACUUCAAGCAGUCACUGCAAGG